GCAAAGCCAAAGACUUCGUCAAUACACCCACACACGCGCUCUGAAACUCCCUGUAACCUGUCUCUCUGUCUCUCUCUCUCUCUCUGAGUCGCAGGGAGGGAGACUGACUUGCUUCAACUGCGCGGCAAUGGCGCCUGCGAUGAAGAUCGUGUUCGGUCUCCUCACAUUCGUCACCGUCGGAAUGAUCAUUGGUGCUUUUCUUCAGUUGGCCUUCAUACAUAAGCUGGAGGUUGAGUCAUACAGUCGGCCAGGUACUAUUCGUCUUGAAAAUGAUAGAGAGGCAGAAAGUUUACGUCUUGGAUAUGUGAAACCUGAGAUUAUUAGCUGGUUCCCACGAAUCAUUGUCCUGCACAACUUUUUGAGCAUGGAGGAGUGUGAUUAUCUCAGAGCCAUUGCCAUGCCACGUCUUCAGGUUUCUACUGUGGUGGAUACAAAAACAGGAAAGGGAAUUAAGAGUGAUGUUAGGACGAGCUCUGGUAUGUUUCUGAGUCCCAAUGAGCGAAAAUAUCCAAUGAUUCAGCAAAUUGAGAAGCGCAUCUCUGUUUUUGCUCAAGUGCCAGUAGAAAAUGGAGAGCUAAUGCAAGUCUUGAGGUAUGAAAAGAAUCAGUUCUACAAGCCUCACCAUGACUACUUUUCCGACACUUUCAACUUGAAGCGAGGCGGUCAGCGAAUAGCUACGAUGCUCAUGUAUUUGAGUGACAAUGUCGAGGGUGGAGAAACGUACUUCCCCCUGGCCGGUGAUGGCGAUUGUAUCUGCGGUGGGAAGACGAUGAAGGGGUUAUCGGUGAAGCCAGUAAAAGGCGAUGCGAUCCUCUUCUGGAGCAUGGGAUUAGAUGGACAGUCAGAUCCAAACAGCAUUCAUGGAGGAUGUGAGGUAUUGUCAGGGGAGAAGUGGUCUGCUACUAAGUGGAUGCGCCAAAAAGUUACCUCCUAAUAUCUCUCCUUUUUUUCCUUAAAUAAUCUAAUUAAAUAAAAAAAAUUUCUCCAGUUACCGAAAAAAAAUUCUCCAAUAUUUAUUAUUUUAUUAUAUAUUAAGAGAUAGGGUCCUUUUUCUAAAUUUUUUUUUGGCCGCAAGAUAGGGUGUUAUUCUCAUUAAUUAGAAUAAAAAGUCAACUCUGAUAUAGGUAGAGAUUAGGGCAUGGAUGACGAUAUUGGUAGAGAGUAGUAAAUUUAAUCAAAAGCGAUGAAAUGUAGCUUAAGAUUAGACUCUGAUUUCACCAACAUUAUCGAUGUAUUUCGGGGCGGCGAGAACUCAUAUAGGAUGAGUUGUUAUAAAGAUGUAAAAUUAGGAAAUUGUUAUCACUAUAUCUACAUCAUUUGAUCAAUGUAAUUUUGUUAUUGCAUAUAGAUAUAUAUACACACACUGAACAAUGCGGAAUGAUGAAUUAAUAUAAAAUUAAGAUGACGUGUGUUGUAUCA